AUGGACUGCAGGGAAAUCCAUAAAGGGAAGCAAGUGGACAGGGAAGCAAGAGCAGAGGCUGGUCCUCUUCAAGAGAACCUCGAAUCCCUGAACAGGACCGAGACCCUGAACCCAGAAAUCACUCUGUCUUUGGAGGGAACCGUGAACCUGGAGGACAUUCUCUACUUGGGAGACGCAGACGACCUUGAGAUCCUCCACGUGGAAGAGACCGAGAAGCCAGAGGAGACGCUGUACAUCGAGGAGACUGGGCAGCCUGUCACGGCACUGGAUGUGGGUGACCCGGGAGGUCUGCAGGGGACAGGGGCCAUGGGGGAGCCAGGAAGGCCCCCCAGCCCAGAGCAGAUUGUCAGUGGGGCAGGAAUGGUCCCAGGGCCCGAGAAGUCUAGCCCCAAAGAGGGUCCCCAAGCAGAGCCCAGCCCCAGCUCAGAGGAGGCCCUAAGCAUCGAGGCCCUGGAACUGCUGGAGGGGCGCUUCCAGCAGUGUGUCCGGGCCGUGGCCCAGCUGGAGGAGGAGCGGGACCAGCUCGUGCAUGAGCUGGUGGUCCUGAGGGAGCCGGCCCUGCAGGAGGUGCAGCAGGUGCACCAGGACAUCCUGGCGGCCUACAAACUGCACGCCCAGGCCGAGCUGGAGCGGGACGGGCUCAGGGAGGAGGUCCGGCUGGUCAAGCAGCGGCUGUUCAAGGUGACACAGGAGUGCGUGGCCUACCAGUACCAGCUGGAGUGCCGCCAGCAGGACGUGGCCCAGUGGGCCGAUCUCCGGGACGUGCUGACCACCCGGGCAGCCCAGCUCUCGCAGGAGCUGGCCCAGCUCCGGGACGCCUGUCAGAAGCAGAAGGAGCAGCUGCGGCAGCGACUAGAAGCGCCCCCCAGCCAGGGGGACGGGCACUUUCUCCAGGAGAGCCGGCGGCUCUCGGCCCAGUUUGAGAACCUCAUGGCAGAGAGCCGCCAGGGCCUGGAGGAGGAGUAUGAACCUCAGCUGCUGCGGCUCCUGGAGAGGAAGGAGGCCGGAACCAAGGCUCUGCAGAAAGUCCAGGCCGAGAUCCAGGAGAUGAAAGAGGCUCUGAGACCCCUGCAGGCAGAGGCCCGGCAGCUCCACCUGCAGAACAGGAACCUGGAGGACCAGAUCACACUCCUGAGGCAGAAACGCGACGAAGAAGUGCAGCAGUACAGGGAGCAGCUGGAGGAGAUGGAAGAACGCCAGAGGCAGUUAAGAAGCGGGGUGCAACUCCAGCAACAGAAGAACAGAGAGAUGGAGCAGCUAAGGAUCAGUCUUACUGAAGAGCUCUCCACUUACAAGGCUAUGCUACCCAAGAGCCUGGAACAAGCCGAUGUUCCCACAGCUCAGGCAGGUGGAAUCAAGACACAGUCUCAAGGGGCUGUUUAGAAAAGUAUGGCCGAAUCUGUAACCCAGAAACAAAAACCACUUCAUAGCAAAGGAGUGUUAAAUAUUCUUUGGACAUUUUUCCC